AUGUCGGCACCAUCUCCGAAGAAAAACUAUAAAGUCGCCGUUCUGAUUUAUGGGGGUGCAAAUAUCCUCGACUUUACAGGUCCGAUGCAGGUCAUGUCCCAUAUCACUCAUAAUCGCAAUACAGAUGAUCCAGAUCCAGAUCAUGUUUUCGAGGUCAAGACGAUUGCGCAGGAGAGUCUGAUCCACACUGCAAGCUCGCUCCAUAUCGAGCCCGAUAUCCUGAUAUCAGAUGCCUUGGACAGCAUCACAGAAUAUGAUAUUCUCAUAGUCCCCGGCGCUUCACUAUCGACCAUUCAAGGGUUGAUCAAAGAGCCUAACAAUGCGGAAAUAAAUUUGAUUCACCGAUAUACGACUUCAGGGUCGACUCAUUCCCGCAUCCUCUUCUCGGUCUGCACGGGUGCUUUACUUCUAGCCGCAGCUGGCAUCCUAUCCGGAUUAGCGGUGACGACUCAUCACCUCGCUCUGGACGCAUUGAGAGAACUCUGCUCUCUGCACAGCCAAACCAAGGCCCCAACGCGAAUUGUGCAUCGACAAUUUGUCCAUGACGAGGGCUUCAAAGGCACUAAAGUGCAGAUUAUAUCCUCUGGUGGGAUCAGCGCGGGUAUCGACGCGGCAAUCUACAUUGUGUGUAAACUAUUAAGUGCCGAAGCGGCGUCGCUGGUUUCUGAGACUAUGGAGUAUGGAUGGAUGGAGCCGUUGGAUGAAAAUUGGCCUAAGAAAUUUAACUGUUUCUUAGAUUGA